GAUUAUUUCAUGAUAUGCCAAAAUGAGCCCUAUGUUCUUGUAUUCAUGCUAAUGUUUCACAUGUUUCACUGACCAACAGUCACACUGUGUUUGAAUAGAAAUAGUUAAGAAUAGUAGAACACUAUGUUUGAAUCAUUACUUUGAUGUACAAUGUAAAUGUUUUAUAUUUUGGAAAAUAAAUACAAGUUUACAUGCAAAAAUAUAAUGGGAGGAUUGGACGGCUAUAGGGGAGGUCAGGAGGCCGUUUAUGUGUUUGACGAUUUUGGUCAGUGAAAAACAUGAAUUGGUCAGUGAAAAGUCAGGGAAAAGUCAGGGAAUUUUAUUUCACCAAAGUGCUGGCAACCCUGAACUGACAUGUACAGCCAGAGUUGAAAGUCCUUCCUUCCAAGAUAACACACCUGAUGCGUCUGACACAAACACCGUACAUCAGACUUCCAGCACGGAUGGUGACACACUUGAGACCAAUGUGGAACAAUCCUCUUCAGUUACAGCUGUUGAAAAGCAAGUAACAUUUCCUGAUAUAGUUGAAAGUCCUUCCUUCCAAGAUAACACACCUGAUGCGUCUGACACAAACACCGUACAUCAGAUUUCCAGCACCGAUGGUGACACACUUGAGACCAAUGUUGAACAAUCCUCUCCAGUUACAGCUGUUGAAGACCAACUGACAUGUACAGCCAGAGUUGAAAGUCCUUCCUUCCAAGAUAACACACCUGAUGCGUCUGACACAAACACCGUACAUCAGACUUCCAGCACUGAAGGGGACACACUUGAGACCAAUGUGGAACAAUCCUCUCCAGUUACAGCUGUUGAAGACCAACUGACAUGUACAGCCAGAGUUGAAAGUCCUUCCUUCCAAGAUAACACACCUGAUGCGUCUGACACAAACACCGUACAUCAGACUUCCAGCACCGAUGGUGACACACUUGAGACCAAUGUUGAACAAUCCUCUCCAGUUACAGCUGAUGAAGACCAACUGACAUGUACAGCCAGAGUUGAAAGUCCUUCCUUCCAAGAUAACACACCUGAUGCGUCUGACACAAACACCGUACAUCAGACUUCCAGCACGGAUGGUGACACACUUGAGACCAAUGUGGAACAAUCCUCUCCAGUUACAGCUGUUGAAGACCAACUGACAUGUACAGCCAGAGUUGAAAGUCCUUCCUUCCAAGAUAACACACCUGAUGCGUCUGACACAAACACCGUACAUCAGACUUCCAGCACUGAAGGGGACACACUUGAGACCAAUGUGGAACAAUCCUCUCCAGUUACAGCUGUUGAAGACCAAGUGACAUUUCCUGAUAUAGUUGAAAGUCUGUUCUGGGAGGAUAACGCAGAUCCAUGUACUGAUGAUCGAGUAGACAGUAGUUCUUGUGAUGAUGGCUUUGAAACUGACGACUUUCCCAUGCUGCAGCAGUUGAAAGAAGACCAAGUCCUUGGUGAGGACCAUACUGUGGUUGCUAAAUCUGCUGCCAGUGUUUCUGUGCAAAGGAAAAGGAAAGCCAGUGAUUCGGGUGAUGAAUUGAGCAGUGUGAAAAAGAAGUAUGCAAGGUUGAAGGAGAAAUAUGAAAAAUUACUCGAAGCAAACAGGGAGCCAGCAGUGACAUACACCAGCAAAGAUGUACCAGCUGUGCCAGAACAGGUGCAGGUGACAUGCAAGGAGUUGCCAGUGGAGCCACACUCAAGCAGUGAAGAGUCGGCCUAUAUGGAGGCAAAAAUUAAUGAGGUGCAGAAGAAGCGGAUAUAUGACAAACUGCUUGCUUGUUAUUAUUGUGGAAAUGUGUACAAACACAGAAUAACUGAGCACUUGCAGCUUGUUCACCCAAACGAAAUGGAUGUUGCUAAGGCAGUGGGUACGUCAGAUGAAAAAAAAGGGACAAUAUAUUCCUCAGAUUGAAAAACCUUGGAAAUUUUAAAUACAAUCUUUCAGUAUUAGAAAAAAAAGGUAAUGAUAUCAUUGUUGCAAGAAGACCGAAUAAAGGUCCAAUUGUUGCAAAAAAUUACCUGCCAUGUGUUUCAU